GAUACAAUGUUGAACGUCAUCUUUCAUUUUUGAGGCUCCAAGGGCAAGCUAAUGAUUUUAAAAUUCAGUACAGCAGUGUUGUUCGCCUUUUUCUACUGCCUAAGUCUAACCAACCACAUACCUUUGUUGUUGUUACUCUCGAUCCACCUAUCCGUAAAGGCCAAACUUUGUACCCACAUAUUGUCUUGCAGUUUGAAACAGACUAUGUGGUUGAAAGCACCCUGUCAAUGAAUGAAGAGCUUUUGAAUAGCAAAUACAAGGACAAGUUAGAACCAUCGUAUAAGGGCCUGAUUCAUGAAGUAUUCAUUUUGAUAAUGCGUGGCUUGUUUGGUGCCAAAGUCACUAGACCUGGGAAGUUCCGUAGCUGUCAAGAUGGUUAUGCUGUUAAGUCUUCAUUGAAAACUGAAGAUGGUGUCCUGUAUCCACUUGAAAAGGGAUUCUUCUUUUUACCCAAGCCUCCAACUCUUAUUCUUCAUGAAGAGAAUGCAUGGAAUGAAGCAUUUCACUCUGGGAGGCAUACAGAAGCAGUGGAGCAUUAUACUGCCAUGGUUUCAAGCAAUAUCAAAUCACGUCCUUUUGCAGCCAUUUGUUUUUGCAACCGUGCUGCUGCACACCAAUCUCUGGGCCAAAUUGCUGAUGUUAUUGCCGACUGUAGUCUAGCCAUAGUUCUUGAGGGAAGUUACUCAAAGGCAGUUUCUAGAAGAGCCACCUUUCAUGAAACAAUUAGAGAUUAUGAACAAGCAGCCAGUGACCUUCAUAGACUGAUCUCUCUUCUUGAAAAGCAAUCACAAGAAAAGGUUCAACAGUGUGGCUCUGGCGGCAAUGUUAAAGAAUUAAGACAAGCUCGUCGUCACGUAUCCUCAGUGGAAGAAAAGGCUAAAAAUGGAAUUGCCUUGGAUCAUUACCUCAUUUUGGGAAUUAAACCGUCUGAUGCAGCAUCCGAAAUAAAAAAGGCAUAUCGGAAAGCAGCACUGAGACUGAGACAUCAUCCAUACAAGGUUGGUCAAUUCCUGGCAAGAAAUGGAGAUGAUGGACAACUCUGGAAGGAAAUAGCUGAUGAAGUGCACGAGGAUGCUGAUAGACUUUUUAAAAUGAUCGGACAGGCAUAUGUUGUGCCUUUAGAUCUGACCAAGGUCAGCUUUGUAAAUUCGAUUGCGACAAUUAAGGGUGGGACUCAUGUUGAUUAUGUUACCAACCAGAUUACAAACUAUGUAAUGAGUAUUGUUAAUAAAAAGAAUAAGAUUGCUAAUCACAUAGAUUUUCUAUUUUAG